AGGUAGUAGGCACCAUCCCUUUCCUCUCCUCUCCCCUCCCCUCCUUAGCCUCAGGCAUAUCAGGUUAACUCGUGGAAAGAUUCCCGUCGUCUGUUGAGCCUCAUCCUCGAGGAGUGAGGAACUCGACGAGCCCACACCAGACGAGAAGAGCUUUUUAAUUCUGUCGAAAGCUCCCAACAUCCUCAAUUCUCAAGAGGCAUCAACACGAGUCGUCUUCAAGGCAUCAGCAGAAGUCAGCUCAUUAGCUCAGAGACAGAAGAAGAAGAAGAAGAACACGACACGCAGAGAAUCUCUUUCAUGGCGAUCAUACCCUGCAGUAGUACAUGGGUUGCGCAAUGGGGAGUUCAACCAAAAACCAUGUUAUGGCCCUCUGUCAUGAACAAGUUGACGAUAUCAUCACAAUAUGGGGGCCUGGUAUCCAUGUUGAGGAUAAGAGGCAUACGCGCUUCCCGAAAGCUUAACACAAUUUCAAGCAAGAUAAACUAUUUGGUGUCAAAACAUUCAAGCUUAUUGUCACAUGACUCCUUGCAUGCAUUGUUUAAUACAAAGCCAACUCAAAAUGUUCGUCAUCACAAGGGGGCGAGGCUUGUUGUUAGAGCUGAUAGUGAUUAUUAUUCUGUCCUUGGGGUGUCAAGGAAUGCGAGUAAAUCUGAAAUAAAAAGUGCUUAUCGGAAACUUGCGAGGAAUUAUCAUCCUGAUGUUAACAAAGAAUCUGGAGCAGAGAAGAAAUUUAAGGAGAUAAGUAAUGCCUAUGAGGUCCUGUCGGAUGAUGAGAAACGGUCCUUAUAUGAUAAGUAUGGGGAGGCUGGGCUUAAAGGUGCUGGUAUGGGCAUGGGGGAUUUCAGCAGCCCAUUUGAUCUGUUUGAGUCAUUGUUUGAAGGCAUGGGUGGCAUGGGCAGUAUGGGUGGCAUGGGUAUGGGAGGCAGAGGUUCCAGACGUAGGCCAGUGGAUGGCGAUGACCAGAUUUACAAUCUAGUCUUGAAUUUUAAGGAAGCAGUUUUUGGGGUGGAAAAAGAGAUUGAGAUAACCCGGCUUGAGACCUGUAGCAACUGCAAUGGCUCAGGAGCGAAACCAGGGACGAAGCCAACAAAAUGUAGCACAUGUGGUGGGCAGGGUCAAGUUGUUUCAUCGGCAAGGACACCACUGGGGGUUUUCCAGCAAGUAAUGACCUGCAAUACAUGUGGGGGGACUGGGGAGAUGUCUACCGCUUGCAACACAUGUGGGGGAGAUGGGCGAGUCAGGAGGACAAAACGGAUCAGUCUGAAAGUCCCUCCUGGUGUGGACUUAGGUAGCCGGUUGAGGGUUCGAUCGGAAGGUGAUGCUGGAAGGAGAGGUGGAGCACCUGGAGACCUUUUCGUUGUUAUUGAAGUUCUCCCAGACCCUGUACUCAAACGUGAUGAUACCAACAUUCUCUACACCUGCAAGGUGUCAUACGUUGAUGCCAUAUUAGGGACUACAAUCAAGGUUCCAACAGUAGAUGGCAUGGUUGAUUUGAAGAUUCCUUCUGGUACCCAGCCAGGUACGACCCUGGUGAUGGCAAAGAAAGGUGUGCCACUACUCAAUAAAAGUAACAUGAGGGGUGAUCAGUUGGUUCGUGUGCAAGUUGAGAUCCCAAAAAGGUUGAGCAGUGAAGAAAGGAAACUCAUGGAAGAGCUUGCCGGCCUCAACAAAGCCAAGACUGCAAACAGUAGAAGAUAGUUGUCAUCACCCCUGUUUAUUCAUCUCACACUUGCCCUCACCAAUCCAUAAAUAUUUUUUGUUCUCAAAGAUGAGUUCCAAUUGGCAAUUUAUGUAUUUGCAAAGGGGAAAUUCGAUCCUGGGAUCUUUGAAUUGGGUUGGAAGAGGAGCAGUGUUGAGUGUAGUAAUAGGUAUUGUUUUGUUUUUGGUUUAAGUUUUGAAAUAUAGAUUGAUAGGCCAUGAGGAAAGAAUAUUUUUUUUUUGGGGGUGGGGGGGUGGUGGGGGAAGGGUUCUGCUUAUUCUCUCUCUGUUUUGUUUAUCAAUUCCAUUCACCUAAUAAUUUAAUAGUCUGAAAAGCAUAUGAAACCUGAAACUCCAUGUUUAUCCAUCAAAUUCAAAUGUAUAAUCUAUCCAUUUGUCAA